AUGCUCACCUACAAAGCACUCAAUGGACUGGGGCUCACAUACAUGUCUGGCCUCCUGCCCCCCCAAUUUCCUGCACCCCUACACUCCUGCACCCCUACUAUCCUGCACCCCUACACUCCUGCACCCCUAAUCUCCUGCACCCCUACACUCCCGUCCCCCAAUUUCCUGCACCCCAACUCUCCUGCACCCUUACACUCCUGCACCCCUACCUUCCGACUCUCGUGCACCCCUACUCUCCUGCACCCUUACACUCCUGCACCCCUACCUUCCUGCACCCCUACCCUCCUGCACCCCUACCGACCCCACACCCCUACUCUCCUGCACCCCUACUCUCCUGCACCCUUACACUCCUGCAGCCCUACACUCCUGAACCCCGACUCUCCUGCACCCCUACCUUCCUGCACCCCUACUCUCCUGCACCCUUACACUCCUGCACCCCUACCUUCCUACAUCCCUACUCUCCUGCACCCCCACUCUCCUUUAACCCUUACACUCCUGCACCCCUACCUUCCUGCACCCCUACUCUCCUGCACUCCUACUCUCCUGCACCCUUACACUCCUGCACCCCUACUCUCCUGCACCCUUACACUCCUGCACCCCUACCUUCCUGCACACCUACUCUCCAGCACCCCUACACUCCUGCACCCCUACCUUCCCGCACCCCUUCUCUCCUGCACCCCGACUCUCCUGCACCCUUACACUCCUGCACCCCUACUAUCCUGCACCCCUACACUCCUGUACCCCUACCUUCCUGCACCCCUACUCUCCUGCACCCCUACCUUCCUACACCCCUACUCUCCUGCACCCUUACACUCCUGCACCCCUACCUCCCUACACCCCUACUCUCCUUUAACCCUUACACUCCUGCACCCCUACCUUCCUGCACCCCUACUCUUCUGCACCCCUACUCUCCUGCACCCUUACACUCCUGCACCCCUACCUUCCUGCACCCCUACACUCCUGAACCCUGACUCUCCUGCACCCCUACCUUCCUGCACCCCUACUCUCCUGCACCCCUACUCUCCUGCACCCCUACUCUCCUGCACCCUUACACUCCUGCACCCCUACUCUCCUGCACCCUUACACUCCUGCACCCUUACCUUCCUGCACCACUACUUUCCUACACCCCUACUCUCCUGCAUCCCUACCUUCCUACACCCCUACUCUCCUGCACCCUUACACUCCUGCACCCCUACUAUCCUGCACCCCUACACUCCUGUCCUGCACUGA